UAGUUACAAGGGGUAAAAAACUAUGAAAGUUAUCAGGGUCAUGUUUACAGGGAAACUUGUGAGUCUAGUUCUCAGAAAUUGAUCGAGAGUCUACGUAGGCCUACUUUUAUUUAUCAUUCAAUUUAUUGACAACACAACCAAUCAAGAAGUCAUUCAAGAAACCGCAUUUGGAUGCACCAUCAAUCUCUACUAAGAUCUAGUCCACAAUGGAUGUCUCUGUCUCAGUAGCCAACCACGGCCAAAGCAAAGCCCUUACUGAGAUUAGUAUAUGUAGCUAACAGUUGCCAUUCUGGUACUUCCGUUCUCAUCAAACUACAGCUUGAAAUAGACAGAAACAGGGUGUAGAGUAUUAAAAAAUAUUUUUUACUCAUCUCCUGUAUUUAAAAAGGGGAUUUUCUUUAUAUUUAUUUAUUUAUUUAUUAAAAACCGAUACCUCAUUAACCAUGUUAAAAUAGUUUGAUUAUCAAUAGGCUGGUCUUAAAACAAGAGCAAAGCAGUUACAUUAAAGUAACAGCAAUGGAAUCCACUACACUAGGGUCCCUAGCAACUGUUACCAUGCUAACGGCGGCUACACAGACAGACAUGUCUGGUUAUCUCUGGCUCCUGAUACUGGGCUUCAUCAUCGCUUUUAUCCUGGCAUUUUCUGUGGGUGCCAAUGAUGUCGCUAACUCCUUUGGUACAGCCGUGGGCUCUGGGGUGGUGACCCUGCGCCAGGCCUGCGUCUUGGCCACCAUCUUUGAGACGGUGGGUGCCAUUCUUUUGGGGGCCAAGGUCAGCGAGACCAUCCGUUCAGGCAUCAUUGAUGUUCAUAUGUACAAUGGCUCAGAGGCUGUGCUGAUGGCUGGCUCCAUUAGCGCCAUGUUUGGAUCUGCUGUGUGGCAGCUCCUAGCUUCAUUUUUGAAACUCCCCAUCUCUGGAACACAUUGCAUUGUAGGCGCCACAAUUGGCUUUUCCAUGGUUGCAAGGGGUCAUCAGGGUGUCAAAUGGCUGGAAUUGCUCCGCAUUGUUGCCUCUUGGUUUCUUUCUCCUCUUCUGUCUGGCAUCAUGUCUGCCCUUCUCUUCUACUUUGUGCGCAAGUACAUUUUGAAUAAGGAUGAUCCAGUGCCCAAUGGUUUAAGAGCAUUGCCAGCUUUCUAUGCUGUUACCAUGGGAAUCAAUCUGUUCUCCAUCAUGUUUACUGGAGCACCAAUGUUGGGAUUUGACAGGGUACCAUGGUGGGGCACUCUACUGAUCUCACUUGGUUGUGCCCUAAUUACUGCUGGGGUGGUCUGGUUCAUUGUGUGUCCACAAUUAAAGAAGAAGAUUAAAAGAGAGAGUAUGGCCAACUCAAGUGGGACACAAAUGAUUGAGAAGAAGCCACCCUCAUAUGGCCCUGUGGACCAUCCCAGAACACCCCAAAUAUACUCUCCUGUUCCACAGACACCCCCUGCUGACAACAACAAGGUGGAAUUUGACAUUGGUGGCUCGUCUGAAACUGAUCUGGACAACAAAGAUUUUGACACCAAAGACCUGUAUUGCACAAAUGCUUUGAAUGGCAAUGCUGGAAUGCCUGUCCCAGACCUGAGUCUGAGCCAGAGCCAAUUCCACACUGUACACAAAGAUUCUGGAAUCUACAAGGAUCUGCUGCACAAGCUUCAUUUGGCCAAGGUUGGUGAAUGCAUGGGAGAAACAGGAGACAAACCUAUGCGUCGCAACAACAGCUAUACAUCAUACACCAUGGCCAUCUACGGAAUACAUGGGUCCCUGAAGGAGGAUGAGGGAAGCCGGACUGGAUUGGAUGGAGAGAAUAGGCGUUCACGGUACAACAGCUAUAACAGUUACUGUUCUGCAGUGGCUGACGGAGAAGUUGGUGCAGGUGAUGGAGCUCUGGAAGUGGAGAUUGAGGUUGAGACUGUUAGAAGGGACUUGGUAGAAGAGGAGGUGGAUGAGCUUGAGAUCGACAAACCAGAGGUAUCCACACUCUUCCAGUUCCUGCAGAUCCUCACCGCCUGCUUUGGAUCGUUUGCUCAUGGGGGGAAUGAUGUCAGUAAUGCGAUUGGCCCUCUAAUUGCCCUCUGGCUCAUUUAUGAAAGUGCCUCUGUAGCACCCACUGCUUCUAUACCAAUUUGGUUGCUCCUGUAUGGUGGAGUGGGUAUCUGUACAGGGCUUUGGAUUUGGGGUCGCAGGGUCAUACAAACCAUGGGCAAAGACCUGACUCCCAUCACACCCUCCAGUGGGUUUAGCAUUGAGCUCGCCUCUGCUAUAACUGUGGUUGUUGCUUCCAACGUUGGACUCCCCGUCAGCACAACUCAUUGCAAGGUUGGAUCAGUGGUAUCAGUUGGCUGGCUCCGCUCCAGGAAGGCUGUUGACUGGCAUCUGUUCCGGAAUAUCUUUAUUGCUUGGUUUGUGACUGUGCCAAUUUCUGGUCUCAUAAGUGCUGCUAUCAUGGCACUCUUCUAUUAUGUUAUACUGCCUCUGACCUAAAUAUUAUGUUAAACCUUUCUCUCUCUGUAAAUACUUCUAUUUUUGUGCAAAAUUUGAACUUUUUUGAACCACAAGUUGAAACUUUAAAUUUCUAUUGAAUGCCCCUUUAUCCUGUCCCAUCAUAUGUACAGCACUUAUUAAAUCAAAUCCCAGACUGUUUGCACAGUAUUUUCUUACUUUUCUUAUACAUUUUAAGUUGCUUAAUAGUUUUGAAAAAAAAAAAUUAUUGAUGUAAAGUCUGUGAGACCUGUAAUAUGUGUGUUUAUUUGGAGCCUCACAUAAUUAUAGUUUUAGGUUUUCAGUUUCAUCUUUUGGCAUUUUUAAGACAAAAAUGAUUUAUACAAUUUAUACUCUGAGCCAUAUGUUUUUAUUUAUAAUAUAUACUAUACUGUGGAUAUAUAUAU